AUGCUCCAGUCGUUAUUACAACCAAGAGAUAAUCAGCGGUCCAAAAUGAUCGGCGCGAUGCCUGCAGUGGCGGUGCGCCAUGAGCGUCGGCGGGCUGAGAAGCGGAGCACGGGUCGGCGGCCGUCGCAGCUGCCCCUACAGCUGGGCAGGCCUCCGGACGCCGACGCGACUCCGUCACCGGACCAACACCGGCUCAGGAACGAGCUGUACGUCUGCGGCAAGGUGGCAGCCUUACACGCUGUGGUGGGGUCGCUGCUACUGGGUAUAGUGGUGCUGGUGGUGGGAUUGGUGCAGUUAUCACCGGGAGCUGAAGCGGCUCAACAUCGGUAUUAUCUGAUGGGAGCUGGUGCGGCACUGGUGGGAGCAGGCGUGUUAGGCGCCGUGUUGAGGUGCAUAUGUCUUCAUUGGUACAACCGUAAAUUUCGUGAGGAAGAAGAAGAGGAGGUUGAAGCGCCUGCUCACAAAGCUGUACACGUCGGCGUUAGCGUCGUUGUCGAGAGCAACCACGGCGAGAAGCACGGUCACGAGAAACACGGCCACGAGAAGCACGGCCACGAGAAGCACGGCCACGACAAACACGGCCACGACAAACCAAAGCUCAAGACACAAGCGAGCGUCGGCAGAGACUUUGAUCUUAUCAAACAACCGUCAGCAGCGAGCGACACAUAA